CUUAUGCACAGCGGAUUAAGGUUGAAUUUAGAGUGCGCGGCGACGUUCGACUGGGAUUAUGUUCCGUGAACGUUUUACUGAAAUAAUCCUCGUGCGUAUUCGUCCUACAGUCGGACCGUGCACUUGUUUUGAUUUUCUGAACUUCAAUUGAGUUUCUUAUGACAGGACUUUUGUGUUAACCUUCGUUUAGUGUCCAGUGAAUAUUUGAAUUGCAAUCCGACAUGGGUGGAGGUUACGCUUGGGUGACAUUGGCAACUAAUGAUUCCUAUUCAUUGGGGGCCCUGGUGCUGGCCCAUUCCUUGAAGCAAGUGGGCACGAAGCAAGAACUGGCCGUUCUAAUAACACCAGGAGUUACCGGCCCGAUGAGGUCGAAAUUGAGCGAGAUUUUCAACGUCGUGAAGGAGGUGAACAUUCUGGAUUCGAAGGACGAGGCCAACUUGAAGCUGCUGAAGAGACCGGAGCUGGGAAUAACGUUCACAAAAUUGCAUUGUUGGCGUCUCACGCAGUACGAGAAAUGUGUAUUUUUGGACGCAGACACGUUGGUGCUGGAAAACUGCGAUGAAUUGUUCGAAAGGGAAGAACUCUCCGCGGCCCCCGACAUCGGCUGGCCCGAUUGCUUCAACUCCGGCGUCUACGUUUACCGCCCUUCCAACGAAACCUACGAGAAGCUCGUGCAGUUCGCGCUCGAAAAAGGAAGCUUCGACGGCGGUGAUCAAGGGCUUCUGAAUUUGUACUUCUCCGAUUGGGCGCACAAAGACAUCAGCAAGCACUUGCCGUUUAUUUACAACAUGUCGUCGACUGCGUGCUACUCGUAUUUGCCUGCAUUUAAACAAUUCGGCAAAAACGCGAAGAUCAUCCACUUCAUAGGGUCGUCGAAGCCAUGGCUGCAAUAUUUCAACACGGAAACGAGGAAGGUCCACCCGUCGGAGGGAUUGGCCCACUUGCAGGAGAUCCUGCAGUUUUGGUGGAACAUUUUCUGCGACCUCAUCCAUCCGAAACUGUCGCCCGAUAUGGCUGGAUUGGCCGGUGCUUUCGCCAAUCUGACGCUGGGGCAGGCGAGGACGGCCGAGCAACAGGCCCUGGACGAUCAUUUGAGAAGGCAAGGAUGGGAAGUCGGGAACAUCGACUACCUGGGCAGGGACUCCUUCGAUAACAUCUGGAGCAAAAUCUGCGAGACCCUCUCCGGUGGGCCGGAAAAAGAAGGAAGUCCGGCGAAAGAAGAAGAGAAACCGGCAGAAACGGCUCCUGCUGAACCGAUCGCAACUGCUCCGACAACAGUUGAGCCAGCUCAGCCUGCUGCACCAGCUCCUGCACUACCGCCACCGUCGGUAGAGCCCACAAAACCUGUGGAAAUUGCUCAAACAGACGUUCUUCCGAAAGAAGAACCUGCUAAGGAAACGCCUGCGGAAUCUCAAAAGGUUUCCGAACCGGUUCAGUUACCUUCUAAACCAGCUGAAUGUGCUGUUCCUGCGGCUGUACCAGACGCACCAAAAGUUGAGACCCCUGCUCCUGUCGCUCCAAGUGCUCAAUUGCCAGGUCCACCUCCUGUGGCACCUUCUGAAGCACUUCCUCAACCUUCAACUCCUACUGUACCCACUGUAGCUCCAACUGUUGAAUCUCAAAGCGCCGUUACUCCCCCUGAAGCAGCAAAAGAAGUUGCCCCAACUGUUUCUGAACCUCCAAAAGAAACUGUAGCACCCCUAGCACCUGCUAAAGAAAGUCAACCUAUUUCUGAACCAGCUGCCCCAGUAGUAACUUCAGCCGAGGUCAAAAAAGUAGAACCAGAGCCUGUUAAAGACGCUACUCAGGAUGCUCAAAAACCUGUUGAAACUUCCACAGAGCCGCCUAAACAGCCUUGUGAACAAGCUCCUAAGCCUCCUACUGAGCAACCUCAAGAGGUUCCUAAAUCUGAACCGACUCCAAAACCAUCUGAUAUUCCUAAGCCUGUCGAAACUCCACAACCACAAGAAAUUUCUAAGGUAGCUGAAGCUCCUAAACCAACAGCUGAAGCUCCUAAACCAACUGCUGAAUCUCCUAAACCAAUAGCUGAAGCUCCUAAACCAACAGCUGAAGCUCCUAAACCAACAGCUGAAGCUCCUAAACCAACACCUGAAUCUCCUAAACCAACAGCCGAAGCUCCUAAACCAACACCUGAAGCUCCUAAACCAACAGCGGAAGCUCCUAAACCAACACCUGAAUCUCCUAAACCAACAGCCGAAGCUCCUAAACCAACAGCUGAAUCUCCUAAACCAACAGCUGAAGCUCCAAAACCAGCAGCCGAAGCUCCUAAACCAACAGCUGAAGCACCUAAACAAACACCUGAAGCUCCAAAACCAGCAGCUGAAGCUCCUAAACCUGCCGCUGAAACUCCUAAAUCUGAUCCGACUCCUACGCCAGCGCCUGCUGAAGCGGCUAAACAAACAGCUCCCAAAGAGGAAAUCAAAAAGCCUGAAGAGACUGUACAACCUCCAGCAACCGCAGUCACGGAACCUACUCCACCUGCUACUCCUACUACUCCCGUUUCUCCUUCCACUCCUAAACCUGCGGAUCCGGUGGCAAGCGUUCCCGCGACGCCGCCUCCAGCAAGUGUGGAACCGGCGGCCGCAGCAAGUCCCACUCCUCCUCCGCGAAAGGCUGCUGGUGCUCCCAAAAAGUCCGGCGGCAAAAAGAAAUAGAAUUGAAACGACUGGUUUUUCUUUAAUGUACUGACAUAUUUUUGCCUUAAGAGUGUGAUCAAUAAAUGAGCGUUUUUAUUUAUUUUCUAAUGUUAGGUUCGCCGAAAUAAGUCUCAUUGGCUAUGGUAAUUAUACAAUUGUCGACGGUAUUAUACAAAUAAAUGCAUUACUAAUAAUUAAAGGAGCGUUUAUCCGACUUUAGAAUUUCAUGGAUAAAAUAAGGUUGUUUCGUGUAUGUGUUACACUAAAGUUUGAACAAAUUGUAAAUGGGAAUCGCACAAGUUAAACCCAGUUAUAAGAUGUUAUACUACUGAAUAAAACUUUUGCAGAA